CUACACUCGACGCUGAAAAUUGAAGACGCAGCCAGCUCUUAAACAUAUCAUCUCAUGGUUCUGUGAUUCUUUGACGCAUCCAGAACAAUGGCAGAUACUUGAUUGAACUUCUGUGCUUCACCAACUCCCCCCACUGGUUUCGUCCCCAUGUGGCCAUUCACAUCUGCGCCGCAACAGUCACGAGGUCAAACAGGACCUGCACUCGAGUUUUCCGAUGAAACCACCGACACUCCUCAACAAUCCCAUGAGCAAUCCCUUGAAGAGUCCCUCGCCGACCAGCAGCCAACAACAUAUCACGAUGUAGCCCAAGAUGAGGAAUCAUUUCGGAUCACUGGCUGGCCCAACGAGCGCCUUACCGUGCCCGUCCUUAUUCGAGCACCGUUGCUCAUGACAGCAGCCUUCUUUACUGGGUUUGCAACGGGCUCCUCUCAUGGAUCUAUCAAAGCAGGAGCAAGGUUUCGUGCUGAGAACGCCCACCGUCUACCUGUCACAGAGAAGGGAUGGUAUCUCUAUCACAAGUCCAAGAACAAUAAUAUGAUGCUAGGUGGAAUGAAGGAAGGCUUCAAGUUCGGCAGCGUGUGCACUCUCUGGGCAACAUUGUUCAUGGCCACGGAGGAAGUGGUCGAUCGAUCUCGGGCUCGCAUAUUUGCACGGAAAGACGAUGAGGUAGCCAUGGGUCAGCGAGACGCAGCCAGCACCGUGAUUGCCGCCAUGACUGUGGCUGGUUUGUAUAGUUGGAAGCAGAGAUUCGACCGUUUUGCAGCUGCGGGUACAGCCAGACACGCACUUCGAUAUUCACUCGCGUAUGGAUUGGCACAGGAUGUGGUGGCUACCCUUCAAGGAUCUCCGCCUGGAUACCUUCAAUGGUUAAAGAACAAGGUCUUCCCGCAGCGCCAGGAUCUCCUUACACAGGGAUAAGGACCAAUUUCUUCUAGCUCUGAUCUCUGACUCGUCAGGAGUUGAAUAUCUCCGUGAGCGAUGAGGACAUGUUGAGUUGCAAGUGGAAGCUGUGGCUUGUCGUGGCCUUUGGGCGGCAUUUGGCGCAGGCAGCGCCCCUCGGCCCCAGGAAAGUGUCCCCAGGAAAGUGUAAUCAUGCCUUUAAUCUGUGUACCUGUAUGACCUAUGGGUGCUUAAGUUUGUCUCUAAUACAUAUGAGCACCGUCCGAUGAGAUAU